GCAGGUUCUAGUCUUCACUCUGUUUCUAACGGACCAGCAGGCGGCGCUGCGGACAGGUCUAUUAAAGCCAGACAGACGCCAGUGGAGUUGUAUGAGCGCGAGCCCCCUCCGCUCCGUGAUUACUGAGUCUGUUCUCAGGCUGCAUGCACUGCUCUGAUCCUGGACCUGCGGAGUACCCAGACCAGGAGCAGUACCCGGACCAGAAGCAGUAUUAGAGGGACCGGAACUGCCAGAGUCAGCAUAGAGGAUUAAUGGAUUAUCAUUAAUAACUUAAUAGAAGAACAGGAGCUUCAUCAUCAUCAUGAAGAGGAAGGAUGAGACACUUUAACACAGAGAGCUUUCAGGCGGAGAGAAAACUCAUUUAACACACACACACUCUCUCUCUCUCUCUCUCUCUCUCUCUCUCUCUCUCUGUGUGUGUGUGUGUGUGUGUGUGUGUGUGUGUGUGUGCUUCCCUCAGUUUCUCUGAGUUCUGUCAUUCGCUCUAAACUUUUCUGUCCAUUCUUCAGCUAAGCAGCUGCAGCUCUGCAGCCGGCCUAUGAUCAGUGUUUGUGUGUGUGUGUGUGAGAGAGAGAGUGUGUGUGUGAGUGUGAGAGAGAGGUUAUGUGUAUCAAUGUGUAUCAGUGUGUGUGUGUGUGUGUGUGUGUGUGUGCGGGUUAUUCACAGAGCUGCUAUGUAGACUGAGUGGAGCCACAGUCAGACAGCCUCAGUGUGAGCUCAGAGAGAAACUCACAGCUGACAGAGCUCUGCAGGGACGGCACAGCAGAUGUUUCCCUGCUCUGAACACUGAAAUGAACUGAAGGGGACCGUGUGGACUGAAGGGGACUUUGGACUAAGGGGACUAAUUGGACUGAAGGGGACUGUGUGGACUAAAGGGGACUGAGUGGACUAUGUGUACUGGUUUUGAUUAUUCAGCCCAAUGGACUGAGCAGAGACACAGGUCUUUUCAGAGUUUUAACAGUCUGAGGUUUACAGUUCAUGUGUUUGAAUAAACUCUGAAUCACAAAGUCUCACACGGAGCUGAACCUGGAUCUGGACCUGGACCUGAGCUUGAGUCAGUGUCCUCUAACCUGCUAAUGGUUAUGCUUCCAGCAGGCGUAGGUGUGGACAGGUGACGGAGACUGAGACUUUUCUGCUGGUUGUGGAGUCUGUUUGUUUUUAGUUUACUCUCUGCAGACAACAGCAAACAUGAAGAACCCCCAUCAGUUGACUAACACCUGGACCAGGUCUAUCAGCAAAGACCCGGUCUUAGUAUCUAACAAGAAGUUCAAGAGGAAGUCCAGGGAGCCUAAAAGACUCUUCAGUGAACCGCACCCUGACAGGACCAGAGCUUUCCCUGCAGACGGCUCUGAUGUGGAUUCGGCAGACGAAGGGGGUCCUAUAAGCAGGUUGGGCCCCCCGCAGAGACAGCUGAUGGAUGCAGGGUCGAGGUCUGCAGGGAUGGUGUCAGAGGGGGGCAUUCCAUCAGCUCACAGUGGAGCCUUGGACAUGAGGAUCGGCUUCAAUGUGCCGUCCAUUACCUCCAGACUGACCCAGGCACCCCCGUCCCCCCUCCCUGAGAUCUCCCACUGGCCCCCCACCAUCUCCCAGCCACUUACCCACAGACUCAGACUGAGCCGCUCCACCCUCCCCCCAUCGAUACCCACAACCUCCAGCCUAUCCAUGGAGCCCCCCCUUGCAGGACUGCUUGCAGUCCCGCCUGGGUCCAGAACUUCCCAGAACCCCCUGAGUCAGGAGCACCUGGAGCCUCAGGUCCAGCCCCCCCAGGAUUCUCCGAGGAACAGGGCAGGGCUUUGUGAUGAUGAUCCUGGACUUGGACUUGGACCCGGACCUGCACCUGGACGUGUUCCAGAGGUUAAAGCUAUCCAGCAGACCCGCAGACUUCUAGCUAAUGCCAGAGAGAGGACCAGAGUCCACACCAUCAGUGCUGCAUUUGAGGCCCUCAGGAAGCAGGUUCCAUGUUACUCAUAUGGGCAGAAGCUGUCCAAGCUGGCCAUCCUGCGGAUCGCCUGCAACUACAUCCUGUCCCUGGCUCAGCUUGCAGAGCUGGAUUACAGUCCAGACCACGACAGUGUGAGCUUCUCUCAGUGUGUGGAGCAGUGCACCAGAACCCUGCAGGCAGAGGGUCGCAGCAAGAAGAGGAAGGAGUGAACCUGACAGAUGGACCAGGAUCAGGAUCAGGAUCUGGGCUCUGGACUCUGGAUACAGCAGGAUUUUAGGAUGGUUUCAGGAUGUUCCAGUGGGGUCUCUCACCAGGGUCCAAAAUGAUCAGCUGAUUAAUGAUCCUGUUACAGUGGAAACAGAUGAACUCGUUAAUAUUAGUUGAAUGAUGAAGCUAAUCAGGUGUGUAGAAAGCUCCGGACUAAACCUUCAGUUUAAUGAAACAGAUUAUAGACUGUAAAAAGGCUCAUCCCUCCAUCCCUCCAUCCCUUCAUCACUUCAUCCAUCAGCAGUGUUGGUAGUUUAGUUUUAUAAUACCAUUGUUAUAUUCCAGAGUCUGAUGAAUAAAGAACUUUAACAUG